CCGUCUCAUAUAAGCUGGGCAGCCGCUGCCGGCAGCCCCGCGGGAAACUUCGCUGUGCCGGUGACCGUCUUGUUUGGCAGCAGCGCUUCCCGGCUCUCGCCCUCCGUCCCGCCCGCCCAGGGGCCGUGCGACUCGAGGAGAGCCCCGCGGCUUUCCGUCGCGGCUGCUUCUUCCCCUUUCGGCCCCCCUCCCGCCUACAGCGGGGCGCGGAGGCCAUGUUCCCCCCGGACUCCACCUGGAAUAUCUCCUUCGCCGGCUGCGGCUUUCUGGGGGUCUACCACGUCGGGGUAGCCAGCUGCCUGCAGGAACAUGCCCCCUUCCUCGUCGCCAACGCCAGGAAGAUCUACGGCGCAUCAGCCGGGGCGCUCACCGCCACCGCCCUCGUCAGCGGCGCUUGCCUCGGUGAGGCUGGUGCCAGCAUUAUUAGAGUGUCAAAAGAAGCCCGGAAGAGGUUCUUGGGACCUCUCCACCCAUCUUUCAACUUGGUGAAGAUCAUUCGGAUCUGCCUGUCCAAGACCGUGCCAGAGAAUGGGCACGAGGUUGCAGCAGGACGCUUGGGUAUUUCCCUGACACGGGUCUCUGAUGGAGAAAAUGUAAUACUGUCAGACUUCCAUUCCAAGGAGGAGCUGAUCCAGGCCUGUGUCUGCAGUGCCUUUAUCCCUGUCUACUGUGGGCUGAUACCUCCAACCUUGCGUGGAGUGAGAUACGUUGAUGGAGGGAUUUCUGACAACUUGCCACGAUAUGAGCUGAAGAACACCAUCACAGUGUCUCCAUUCUCAGGAGAAAGUGAUAUCUGUCCACGAGACGGUUCCACAAACAUGCAUGAGCUGAGAGUCACCAAUACAAGCAUCCAGUUCAACCUUCGCAACCUUUACCGCCUCUCAAAGGCCCUGUUUCCUCCGGAGGCGCAUGUGCUGCGGGAUAUGUGCAAGCAGGGCUAUCAGGAUGCACUGCACUUUCUGAAGAAGAACGGUCUCCUUAAUCGUCCAAGUCCUGCCCGCCCUCUCCUUGCCAUAGAAGCCCCCCCAGGAGAGAAGAAAGAAGAAGAAAUGGAAGCUGAGGACCAAAUAGAGGACAAUACUGAACUUGCUGAAGUUGAAGAGCAUAUCAUGGAACACUUGCCUCCCAGACUGAACCAAGCUCUUCUGGAGGCUUGUGCUGAAAGAAGAAGUUUCUUUACUGGCAUUGCCAACAUGCUGCCUAUACGUGUGGCCACAGCAAUGAUGGUGCCCUAUAUGCUGCCUCUGGAGUCUGCAGUUUCCUUCACUGUCAGGUUGCUGGAAUGGCUCCCAGAUAUUCCUGAGGAUAUUAGAUGGAUGAGGGAGCAGAUGACUGAAAUCUGCAACUAUCUUGUGAAGAAAGCCAAGAAGAAACUUGGCAGCCAUCUUUCAGCCAGGCUUUACUAUCACCUCGAGCUUGGACAGCCUCAGAGCCUGCCAAUUUCUUCUGCAUCAGCUUGUGGUGAAGCAUUGCCUGUGUGGAUGAGAAGCAACCGUUCUCUCUCUGAUGCCAUGAUGAAGUGGGAGGAGUACCAGCGCCAGCUCAUGCUGGGCUUACUCUGCAUCAACAUGGACAUGCAGGCUUCUCUCUUCCCUCGGGAAGGGCUUCAGCUAAAGCUUCCACCCUUAGACUGUGCGAAAGAGUGCCUGCCACUCUUCUGAGCCUGCUGGCCUGAGGGGAUGAGGGUGGGUGGAAGGGGAGCGCAUGUAGGGUGGGACCAGUCUCAUCCUUCAGCAGCAGGCUGCCCUGUGCUCAUCAAUAUGCUGCAAAGGGGAUUUCCCCAGGAUGGAGACUGGUAGAAUUGACUCUAGUCAUUUUUUGCCCACUGGGCCAGGCAAGGGAUCUCUGUGAUCAAAGACACACAUAGGCUGAUACCUUGCUCUAGGUUUGUGUUGAGGCCUGGCCAUUGCUCAUGGCCAGGCUGAUGCUGACCCAGCUGGGCUUUCCCAGAUAGUGCACUUUGAAUUGCCUUUGGCUUUUUACUGCCAAAUAAUCAGGAUGUAGAUGAUGCUCUCAAAUUCUUACAAUUUUUAGCCUCCUUUGUUUUUAGAGAAUGAGUCUUGCUUUUGCUUAAAUCAUUUGACAUCCUUUAGGUCUUUGUGCUACUGAAAGAUGAAGUAGCCUCUUGCUAAACCAGUUUUUCUUGUGGCUUCCAAAUCUUCUUUUGACUCCUUUGCUGAAAUCACAUCUUUUCCUCUGUCCCUGAACUGCAUCCCCACUGGAAGCCAGAGCUGGCCCUGCUGCAGGCUGCACCGGGACUGCAGAAAGGUAGAAAAAUCAGUUAUUUACUCAGAUUUAUGUUGUUGUGGUCUCUCCUUUUUGUUUUUUGUCCUCAUGGAACUGAGCUCUGAGUGUUACUAAGUUAUUGAGCUUAUUUGAAGAAGUAAUUUAGACGGAAUUUUUUCCAGAGAAACAUGUUGAAUUAGAGGCCCCAUUCCUGUCACUGUGAAUGGAAUUGGUGUGGGGUUGCUCUGGGAAAGCUCGGCCUGACCAUUUCAGGAUCAGCUUAACAGCUGAAGCAAUACUAAGUGCUUGUAGGAAGGUGAGAUUGUGCAGGGCAUGUUAUUUUUGAGUGGCUGUGGUGGAGUGUCACAGCAAGUGCUGAGGAACGGCUGCCUCUGACAGGGCUUGGGCUUUGUUCCUGAAGGAACUGUACAACUGUUCCUUAAGGGGGGAGGAAAUUCCAAGCGGAUGAUACAGAAGGGAUCUCCUGCCAAACUGGAUGCUUGGCUUUAUCAAUUUUUUAUUAGUUUUUUUUUCCUCAAAGAGUCCGAAUGUUGAGGCUUUAGAGUGAGAAGGAUUUAGGCUUGUAGCUAUACCAGCCCCGCAGCUUGCCUGUCUCCUGUUUUGGAUCAUGGGUACAGCUCUGCAGGUAGCAAUAAGAGGAGCAUGUGAAGUGGAAGUGAAGUUAGGACUGUUGGUGCACGUGCAAUCUGCUUGGAAUGGACUACUUGUGUUGUCCCUUGAAAGACCGCAGCUAGUAGGUCUGUAGCAGGGCAGGACUGUGCCUUCUUUAACGUAUUCCUUUUUCAGUGGUGGUCUGGUUGUUACUUGCUGUGCAGAAACAUGAACUCUGUUCUUCACAGGGUGAGACAUGGCUUCCCGUGGGGAUUUUAUGUAUUUAAGCUUAAAUCCUUGCACUAUGACACAAAAUCAGCUCCUGGUAUCUUUUUUUCCCUCUUUUAUUCUGCAGCUCGUCUAGCUACAUGAGGCAUCUUCUACCUCUCCUAGCACAAACAGUAUGCAAUUGGCCAAAGCAAACGUAUGCUGUCCUUGCUGGGGAGCAGGACAGGGUAUCUGAAGCCAACUACAUAGCUUAUACAAUAGAGUAGUGAUUUAUAAUAGACUCUUUUGCACCUUUUGAUUUAGAAAGGGAAAAUAAUCCCAGAAGUUCUACUAACAGCUGGAGAAGGCAGUGAAUCUGCUCAAUCACAUCUGCAUGCGCAGUGUGGGUGAUAUGGGGGGUGCUGUUUCCUACCAGCACAAUUGUACUGGUAGGAUGUUUGUGGUGGAGACUGUGAUAAACAUCAGGACUUUUCUGUAGUGGCCAUUGCAAGCUGUGAGUCAAUAGACUGGGCAGCUGUGGUGCUAACCAACUGUCCAGGAGAUGCUGGUGCAUGGAUGAACUUGUGACCUGGAGUAUCACUCCACUGCCCUUCCUGGAUGUAACCUACCUAUGUAACACAAGGGCCUGCUCCCUUAUGAAGUUGGCCUGCACUUGGCAGUCAGAUUUAGCCUUAAGCUUUGCAUAGUUAAGGCACUUAGGGAACAGAAAAGUCAUUACAGGAAAAGAGCAAAUUGGAGGAUUCUGAAUCCAGAGUAGGAAUAUUGGGUUAUAAAACAAGUCAAUCUUACGAUUGUCUAAAGCUCACAGAAAAAGCUUACUGCUAGAUCUAUAUAACUCCAAUUGAAGUGAACUAGCAACAAGCUACUGUCAGUUACGGAGAGCAGGAUGAAUUUGAUGAAAACUGGAAGUAAGAAAAGGUGUUUAUUUUGUGGUUUGGUGUGGGAUUUCUUUUCUCCCACUUCUCUCUGGGCUACCUUUUCUGAGGGAAAGGCACAUGCACAGCUGCUUCAUUUGCCAAAUGCAUUUCUCUUGUCUGUUAUGCACACAGAGUAAGUGGCAAGAACCUAUAAAUGCUUAGUGGCAAGAAAUGAAGGCGUUUCAUCCAGAAGCAAAACAUCUGUGAGGGCCAGAGCUGGAAAAGGAAAGUCUUGUGCUUAGAAGCGGCUGCCCUUUUGACUCUGCCUUGUUUGUGUUAAUAUAUGGGUGGAGAAAAUGAUGCAACUAUUUUUUUUAUCCCUUCUUCCUGGACUGGUAAAACCACUGAGUGAUUAUGUAAACCACUAAACUAUGAAACAAAAUUCUCCUGGCAACAGAGCAUGCUAAGGAAUUGCAGCUUGGCACCCUUAUCUGCUGGAUCUUUUCUGUGCUCCUUUGGCAUCAGAACUGAGUGGGCUGGUGCCACUGUCUUCCUGUGCUCUGACUCGGAAGGCUUGCUGGUUUUGGUCCAUGCAUUUCAAGAGAUGAACCCCUGUGCCUGGUAAAAGGCCUGAGUUUCUUUGUUUCGCCUCAUUUGUUAUUUAGUUAAUUGUAUUAACCUCUCAAAGAGAAGCUUUUGCACACUUUAAACUGUAACCACAAACUAAAGCCUGGCUUUAAAUAUAAAGGCCUAACUCUUCAGGGAGGAAACUUCUGUUUUCCCUAUGCUGAUUUGCAGGGUGUGAACAGAUACUGGGAAAGCACCACAUUGUAUUAACCCUUUCUUUGUGUUUAUUCCCCAAGUCAUGCAAUGGCUAUUGUAUGAUACUUGUUGGCUUUAUAGAUGCAAGCUCUGAUGAAGAAACUGCAGAUCUGUUGAAAAUACCUCAAACCUACCCUCCUCUUUCUUAAGAAAGAUUUCAUGCAUUUGCUUGAAAUCCUUCCUGCUCAUUUAUCACAGAUUGCAAAGGAUCUUGCCUGCUGAUACAGAAAAAGGAUGAGGCUGCUUUGGAGAGCAGCUUUUUGCUAUGCAGUUCUGCCUCCUCUAGAUCAGGUCUCACUUCUUUGAAAUCCCUGGAAACCUCAUGAUAGGCUCUGGAUUGGAUAUGGAGGGCUUUAUUGUGAUAACUGGAAUUCUUUGAGCCCUUGCUCCACAUGUACAUCAUGACAUGUAUUAUCUUUGGGCAGGAGCUGCUGAUUAACCUCCAGUUGUAAAGUUCAUAGGAACGAGGUAAUCAUCUGUAGCAGUUGGCCCCUUCUUCAGCAAAACAUGUGGCUGGGCAGCCCAGCGGGUAGUUGCCAGGGCCUGUCUGCUCUCCAGAAUAUGGUGGUUGAGAGGUAAGGUUCCAGGACCAACGGUUCAGCUUGCAGUCAAUGUCCAGUUGUCCUUACAGCAUUCACUUGAACUCUGCAAGAGUCCCAACCCUUGCAAGGGUCUUGCAUUCAGGAAUCCACUUUCUUUUUCUCCUCUCCUUCCUGUGGUACUGCUUGCUGCUUUUAACAAGGCUAACGGUGAACUUAAUCAUCUAACUAACCCCUGACCUGAACAACACUGUAGAGUUGUUUUAUGUUGCUUACAAUGGUCCAUAUCUAUGGCAUGCUCUGUAAGCCAUAGGUGUGUGUGUGGUGUAUUGGGUUUGGUUUGCUGCCUGCCCUACUGCUAAUAUUGUUGCAAGCUGAUUUUCAAGGGGUAGGAGAACAUGCUUCACUUCUGACCACUAUCUAUAGGACCUAGGAGGCAUUUUCUCGUGGCUUUCUGGAAGCAUGUGUACCUGCAACACCCAGCUCAGAUGAUAAAAGAUAAUCUGCUGUCUGCCAGCACUGGGGUGUCCCUAGAACUUGCUGUGUAUUCACCAGUGGUUUUGUCCACUUUUAAAAAUGAAUCUAGUAAUUAACUCAUUUCUCAGAGAGAAGAGCUCUCACUUGCCAGAGUGGUGGUGGGAGAAAUACCAGAAGCUCAGUGUGUGUGUUUCCCUUAGGGGUCCGUUUCUGCUAAACACACGCUAAAUGUGGUGGGUAGCAGGGCUGAGUGUUGCCAAAGUCAGAGAGGGCCUUGCCAACGGUUUUCUCAAGCUUUGUUGCCAUCUUCUCCUUAACUCAAUGAGGGAACAGACCACCUCACUUGGCUGCCACAUCAGCUGGGUUGCUUGUGCCAAACACCCUGUGCCUUCACAGUGGACUCUGGCCUGCCUGCCCUCUGUGUCCCUGUGGCAGCUGCCCCUCGAACUGCAGCACUGCUUGCUCCUCUCUCUCCUUCCCCUUGCAUGUACCAAUGGGACAUUGCUCUGGUUCCAGUCUGCAGGCAGCUCCACCAGGACAGUCUCUUAACUGCAUCCAUCUCACUAUGUAAAUCCACAUCAGCCCUUCUGCACAGGGAGGGGAAACCUCUAGUUCCAAACAGAAGACUCAUAAAAGUAACUUUGAAAUAAAUACCUCUUCCUUCUGUGGUUUUUUCUUGCUCUUGAAACCAGCAUCUAAAGCAGCUCUUUGAGCUCAGUGUGUCCUGAGGCUCCACUGCUGUCACUGAGCGUGAGAAGACCCUUAAGCACACAAUGCAUAUAGAGAUCCUGUGGAGAUUACUGAUGUCAGAGCAGCAGCUAGACCAGCAAUAGCAUACACAAGUUUUGUAUUUACUCAGCACCAUCAUUAAGUAGUGUUCACAGUCACUUUAAAAGUUCAGUAUUAAAUUGAUGCUUUUUUUUUUUCCUUUUUUUUCCCUUCUUUUUCUAAUGUUUUGCUGAAGAAAAUGUACCUAUUUAUUUUGGCAGAAAUAUAACUUCUAAUAAAAACUUCCUCAAUUUAUUUACCUGGCUGUGGUAGGUUGCUUGUCUUGCUAUUUAAAGGCUUAUUAAAUAUUUUUGAAUGCA